ACUCCGUCCACUUUAACACCCUCAAAUAACACACGAGCAUCAUCUUUCCAACCUCAGCUGCUUGAUAUACAGCUCCAUCCACCAAAAUGCCCAAAAGCGAGAUGACAAAGUCCGAUUCAUCGCGAAUCCAGUCUUCACAGGCCAAGGGCGGCGGUGACAUGAGCUCUGGAGGCUUCGCAGCUCGUGCCCAGUCGGCCGGAGACAGAUGGUCCUCUUCGCAGACAUCCGGGGGUUCGGGUUUCUCUAGCGGCACCUCGGGUUCCAACCAGUCCAGCACUGGAUCUGGAGCCUCUUCGGGAGCCAAGAAGUAAAGUCGACUAUGACAUGGGCGGACUAGGACUCGACAAUCAAGUCGGGGCAAGAACGAAGGCACAGCGUCCAUGCUUGGUCCGACUAAGUUGAGAUGGAUUAGGUUAGGGACGCCUGUCCAUUGGGUAGGGGCGUACUUGGGCGAGCUGGGUCAUCUAUGUAUUUAGUCAGACCCUGGAAAUACAGAUCAUUGUUCAC